ACUCCUACUACUAUUGAGAAAACACGACAGGCUCCGGAAGGAUUUGUCUUGUUUCUAGAUCACGAAAUCAACGAUGUCGCCCAAAAAGUGUGUGUUUGGUUGCGAGGGGAAGCUGUCCUUGUUCAGAUUCCCGCCGAACCCCGCGCUGAGGGAGCAGUGGACGCGCUUCGUGUUUCCCGCGCAGCGGCGCACAUGCGAUAACUUGUUCGUCUGCUCCCGACAUUUCAGCGACGACUGCUUUAUAAACAAGGCCCAGCUCGACGCGGGGUUCGCGGAGCGUUUGAUUCUGAGAGAUGGCGCGAUCCCAGCAAUAAAAGAUCCAGAGCACGAGCCGAAAGCGCGGGCGAUGUUGAUCAUGGAAGCUCAGGUGGAUGUGGUCUGCUGUAAAUCAGUAGGAACUGAUCUGUCCAUGCUGGAUAUUGAGGAUUUGAUCACAGAAAUCUGUCAGCUGAAGAAAGAGGUGGCGUCACUGGAGGAGAAGCUGAGAGAAAGAGGAGACAAACUCAACAGAGAGGAUGUGGAGAAGGUUUCGGUGCGUGUGACUGAUGGGACAGAAGAUCCAGUCUGGAGCGUCAGAGAUCGGAGAUCCAGAGACACACAGGACUCAGAGCUCAGCCUCACUUUACUCUGUUAUACUGACGCUCAGGAUCAUGAAUCCACCGAUCAAACCUCCGACUGUAACGCUGGAGAACAGCAGACGCUGAAGAUGUGCUCCGUCAAACUGGUGGACUGCAGGAACCUGAUCCAGAGCAGAGAGGAAGAACACAGCAACGAGGAGGAGCAGGAUGAAGAAGAGGAGGAGAAUUAUGCAUAUGACGACGAUGAUGAAGAUUUCAUUCCUUCAGAUGAUGACGAGGAUGGUUCAUAUUCUGCCACGGAUGAAGAAACGUUCUCGACCUCAAAAGACCAGCUGAAGAGUUUCUCCUGCAGCACCUGUGGAAGAACGCUGAGUUCACAGGGUCAUUUAGAGAGACACGAGAGAACACACGCAGAACAGGAAGACUUCAGCUGCAGGAGAUGCAACGUCAGCUUUCCUACCGCAGAAGAGAGGAGACUUCAUUCAAAAGAGCACAGCGUGAAGAAGGAGUUUCACUGCGGGAAGUGCGGGAAGGUUUUAUUCACCACUGCUCAUAAUAUGAGAGCUCACACAAAGAGACACGAUGAAAAGUCCUUCCGCUGCAGCGAAUGUGACAAGUGUUUCAGCACCAAAGCCAACCUCGAUGUUCAUAAGAGGAUCCACACGGGAGAAAGACCUUACGAGUGUCCUCACUGUGAGAGAAGAUUCAUGUGCGGAUCUCAGCUAAAGACACACGUGCGUUCACACACCAACGAGAGGCCGUAUCAGUGCAGUGAAUGUGGGAAAACCUUCACAAACUCGAGCUAUCUGAAGCUGCACCAGAAAAUCCACUCUGAUGAGAAACCGUUUCAGUGCAAGCACUGCGACAAGCGCUUCCGCCAGAGACCUUCUCUGGUUUGCCACGAGAGGAUUCACACCGGAGAGAAACCGUACCUGUGCUCCUACUGCGGGAAGACCUUCGCCAAAUCAAAUUCUUUGGUAUUUCAUAAGCGAGUCCACACCGGAGAGAAACCGUAUCUGUGCGCCUACUGCGGGAAGAGCUUUGCCAGACCGAACUCUCUCACGGUCCAUAAGAGAGUCCACACCGGAGAGAAACCGUAUCACUGCGGCGUCUGCGGGAAGAGUUUCCGUAAACACACUAAAUUACAAAACCACAAGAGGAUUCAUACUGGAGAAAGACCGUUCAAAUGCUCGCAAUGCGGCAAGACGUUUGCUCAGUCAAGCAACCUGAAGGUCCAUCGGAGAGUCCAUACAGGAGAGAAACCUUACUCCUGCUCCCUCUGCGGAGAGAGAUUCGUUUAUUUAGGUACUUUUCAGAUCCACCAGAACAAACACGCUGAAGAUCAAACCGCUCCACAAUCAAAAAUAUGACUUGGGUCAAAACUCUUUGUUAGAAUUUUAACUUGCAUCAAUUUUAAUUUAAAGUCAUGUGACAUUUUGCUCAUGUACAUUUUUUUUUUCCAAGUACAGAAUAAAAAUUUGGACCGAUCAUCUAAAGUCUGUUUGUUAAUAGAGCUAUUAAAUGAGUAAAACUUUAGCAUAAAUAUUGUACUCACGAACUCGAAAAUCAGUCAAGGAUGUAAAUAAAUGAAGCCGAUGAUUAGAAAGCUCAUUUAUUUUUGCAUAGUGAAAUUACUUCAAUAAAUUGCCCCCAUAUUUUC